AUGGGCCAUCUUGCCCAAUCUGUUGAUAUGCGUGCCUCCCGGGUAGAGGCCGUUGUGCUUGGGCUAAUAGAGCAGACUAUUUCUGCUGCCUUAGCUUCUAUUAGGGCUGAGAUGAGAGAUCAUAAUGAUUUUAUUGAUAGCCAGAGGUUGGCUCUAGUUGCCCUUACGGUGCGGGUUGAGGCUUGCGAGCAGGGUUGGGGUGAUUCUGCCACUAUGAUUGCCCCAAAGGCCUAUGUUGCAUGUAUGAGGAGAGAUGUGGAUGAGCUGAAGUCCACUAACUUAUCGAUAUUGAUUGGUACAGUGGAGAUUCCUGAGGUCCAGAGCUUUGAUAUUCCAACUAGUUCUGAGGUUCGUCUGGCUACUACGACCGGAGAUGUUGCUAGAGCUAAUGAUGAAAAUGCUGAGUCUAAGGCGAAGACUGAUGAGGAGGAGCUUGGUGUCCAUGACUCUACCGUAUAUGAUGAUUUGGUAGGCCUUGAGGGUGCCAUGGUUGAGACUGUUGUGUAG